AUGGCCACUCAAACACCCUCUUCAUCUACUUCCGAACAUACUAAGAUAAGAAAAAAAGACAAUUCAUCUUGUUCGGAAGAAGAUGAAAAAAUCAUAACCUCUUCCCCAACUUCUUCAUCGACGCCUCGAUGGAAAUAUGAAGUUUUCCUUAGUUUCUAUGGUGAAGACACUCGCAUGAGCUUUACGGAUCAUCUAUAUGUUGAUUUAAAACGGAAAGGUAUUCUCGUCUUUAGGGAUGAUGAAGCACUCAAGCGAGGAAAAUGCAUUUCUCAAGAGCUUUCGCAAGCAAUUCAAGAAUCCCAAUCUGCCAUAGUCAUUUUUUCAGCAAAUUAUGCUUCUUCCAAAUGGUGCCUUAGGGAACUUGCCGAGAUUGUUGAAUGGGAGGAAAAGAAGAAUCUCACAAUUAUUCCUAUUUUCUACCAUGUGGAUCCUUCAGAUGUAAGAAAUCAAAUAGGGACUUUUAAUGAAGCUUUCGCCGCACAUGAAAAAGAUCCCAAGGUAGACAUCAAAGAGAUUGAUACGUGGAGAAAUGCUUGCAUAAAAGUCGGUACCCUUGCCGGAGAGCACAUAAAGGGGGACAGGUACGAAUCAACAAUUAUACAAGAAAUCGGUAGACGUACGUCUCAUGAGUUGAAUUCUAGAUUCUCACGUCAUGAUUACGAUAAACUUGUUGCAAUAGACUCCCAUGUAGACAGAAUGAUAGAGUUAUUGGAUAUGGAAUCGGAUGAUGUUCGCUUUGUAGGAAUUCAUGGGAUGGGUGGCAUUGGUAAGACAACGCUGGCUGAAAUAAUUUAUGAUAGAGUUUCUAAUUGUCGAUUUGAAGGAAGCAGCUUUAUUUCUUGUAUUAGAGAAGAAUCUAAAGCUCGUGGUCUAGCUUCUUUACAAAAACAACUUCUUUGUAUGAUCAUAGAAGAAGAAAUACAAAUAUGGGAUCAAAACCAGGGAGAUCGGAUGAGAAAGAAGAUGCUGCGUAAUAAAAAGGUUUUUAUCGUCCUUGAUGAUGUGGAUAGUGAUGAGCAACUAACGGCAUUAGCAGGGGAUCGGAAGUGGUUUGGUCCAGGGAGUAGGUUGAUCAUAACAUGCAGAGAUAGUCAUCUAUUGAGAACAUAUGAAGUGAAUCCUAUCUAUAAGGUUGAGCAUCUUGAAAUAGCAGAAGCUUUGCAAGUCUUUAGUUUGUCAGCCUUCAAGGAAACCCAUCCAACAAAGGAUUACAUGGAUCUAUCUAUGGAUUUUGUAAAUUAUGCUCAAGGCCUUCCUUUAGCUCUUAAAGUUUUGGGUUCCUUCUUAUAUGAGAGAGAAAUAGAUGCAUGGAAAAGUGAGAAAGAUAAACUAAAAGCAAUUCCUAAUCCAAAAAUUAUGGAUGUACUUCAAAUAAGUUUUAAUGGGCUACAGAAAUCGCAAAAAGAGUUAUUUUUGGAUAUGGCGUGUUAUUUCCAAGGACAACAUGGGGUGGAUUACAUAUUUUAUGAUGACAUGGUAGAAUGUUUUGGUCAUUAUCGCAUUGACGCUGACGUUCUCAUUGAGAAGUCCCUUUUAAGCAAAUCAGAAUACGGAUGCUUGUCCAUGCAUGAUUUGCUAAAAGAAAUGGGCCAGGAAAUAGUUCAUUGUGAAUGCCCUCAAGAACCAGGACAACGUAGUAGAAUGUUUCGUUUGGAGGAUCUCUAUCAAGUACUGAACAAAGAUACUGGAACUGAUGCAAUUAGAGGCAUAGUCAUGUAUUUUUGUCCUGAAAUGAAACAGAGACUCAACGCCAAAGCAUUGUCAAAAAAUAGAAAAUUGAGAUUUUUUAAAUUCUAUCAGUCUCGAUCUAUAAAAUGGCGUGGAAAACCUUUAAAAUACAUGCAAACCAAUGAGUUGCGAUUCAUAGAGUGGUUUGGAUAUCAUUUGAAAUCUUGGCCGAGUAGUUUCCAACCAAAACAUCUUACUGUACUAAGGAUGUAUAAGAGCCAGAUCAAACAACUAUGGAAGGGGUCGAUGGAUAUAGACAAUUUGAAGGAAUUAAAUCUGAGAGAUUCUGAGAACUUGAUUGAAACACCAGAUUUGAGUGGAGCUCCAAAUCUUGAGAUAAUAAACUUUCAAAAUUGUAGAAGCUUGUGUGAGGUCCACCCAUCCAUCAAAGAGCUCAAACGACUAAAAGACUUAAAAAUGGCUGGAACAGGAAUCAAACAACUAUGGAAGGGAACGUUGGUGGUUUUAGAUAAUUUGAAGAUCUUAAAACUGAGUAAUUGUAAGAACUUGAUUGAAAUACCAAAUUUGAGUGGAGCCCCAAAUCUUGAGAUAAUAGACCUUACAGAUUGUACAAGCUUGUGUGAGGUCCACCCAUCCAUCAAAGAGCUCAAACGACUAGAAGAUUUAAGAAUAUCUGGUACUGGAAUCAAACAACUAUGGAAAGGGACGUUGGUGGUUUUACACAAUUUGAAGAUCUUAGAUCUACGUAAUUCUAAGAACUUGAUUGAAACACCAGAUUUGACAGAAGCCCCAAAUCUUGAGGAAAUAUACUUUACAGGUUGUACAAGCUUGUGUGAGGUCCACCCAUCCAUCAAAGUACUCAAAAAAAUACAAAAAAUAAUAAUCGUUGGCACUGGAAUCAAACAACUAUGGAAGGGGACGUUGGUGGUUUUAGACAAUUUGAAGAUCUUAAAACUGAGUAAUUGUAAGAACUUGAUUGAAAUACCAGAUUUGAGUGGAGCCCCAAAUCUUGAGAAAAUCGACUUUUCAUUGUGUACAAGCUUGUGUGAGGUCCACCCAUCCAUUAAAAUGCUCAAACAAAUACAAAAAAUAAUAAUGGUUGGCACUGGAAUCAAACAACUAUGGAAGGGGACGUUGGUGGUUUUACACAAUUUGAAGAUCUUAGAUCUACGUUAUUCUAUGAACUUGAUUGAAACACCAGAUUUGACAAAAGCCCCAAAUCUUGAGGAAAUAUACAUUACAGGUUGUACAAGCUUGUGUGAGGUCCACCCAUCCAUUAAAAUGCUCAAACAAAUACAAAAAAUAAUAAUGGUUGGCACUGGAAUCAAACAACUAUGGAAGGGGACGUUGGUGGUUUUACACAAUUUGAAGAUCUUAGAUCUAUGCUAUUCUAUGAACUUGAUUGAAACACCAGAUUUGACAGAAGCCCCAAAUCUUGAGGAAAUAUACUUUACAGAGUGUACAAGCUUGUGUGAGGUCCACCCAUCCAUUACAAUGCUCAAACAAAUACAAAAAAUAAUAAUGGUUGGCACUGGAGACAAACAACUAUGGAAGGGGACGUUGGUGGUAAGUUUUUCACUCGUAUAA